UCUGCUUGCGCGCGUUGUGGUCCACUCGGAAAACGUUUACAAAUAAAAACAAAAUUAAAAAUUCACCAUUAAAAACGUAUUGUUCGAGAUUAAAAGAUUUCGUCGUCAUAAUUAUUGUUUUCUUUGAAACGGCUAGCUAUUCAAUUGGUGUAAUUGUAAUAUUGUAUUAUAUUAUACGUUAUAUGCGCUGGUACCACCCAGAUUUGGCUGGGGACGAUCUCAACGGUGCGACUCCUGUUAACUAAUCCGCGAAUAGACGGUGAUUUCAACAGUACGCGAUAUUGAUAUCGAUAAACGAGCUCGGUUAGCACAACACAUAUUAGUGAAAUAAUAUUUGACAACACGUAACGCGUACGCAACGAUAUGUUUACCGGUGAGUCCACCGCAUCGGCCGAUCCGUUCCGACGUCGCCAUCGGAUGUCAUACCACGGUAACCCGUGAUGGAUACGUGUCCUAUACCACGACAUCAGAAUCAUGUUACCGAGUCGUCGUUUGAACAAAACUGCUCGCACGUAUUUUGCAAUUGUUGCCGCUGCUGUCGCCGCUAUAGUCGUUUUUCGAAUUCCGAGAUGCGACAGCCUAUCCAACAUGAGUAUAACGGUUCCAGUAGCCGUGGCUUCCGGCGAGUCAGCUAAGAUGACGUGCACUUACGAUCUAGAAUCCGAUCCGCUGUACACGGUUAAGUGGUAUAAAGGUCGACAAGAAUUCUUCAGGUACGUGCCAAAAGAAUUGCCACAUACCAGAGUGUUCCCGUGGCCUGGCAUUAACGUAGACGUUAGCCAAUCAGGACCUAAUCAAGUGGUAUUACGAGAUGUCAGAAAACACUUGUCAGGAAAGUACCGAUGUGAGGUAUCAGCAGACGCACCAUCAUUUCACACGAAAAUCGUAUCCUCUUGGAUGCACGUCGUUUACCCACCUGUCGGACAACCCGUGUUGUCGCUAGAGAAACGACACUACACCAUCGGAGACACGUUGAAAGGCAACUGCACGUCACCGCCGUCCAGUCCACCGUCCAACGUUACUUGGUACUUAAACGAUAAAUGGAUGAAUUCCAGUUACGGCAGAUCGUCUUCGGGCCGAGCGACGCUAGACGAUACGACGCGGUCGACGAAUACGGUAGGACUCGAGCUGGAGGUGAACAGUUUCAAAGUGGGCAAGAUGCGAAUUCGGUGCGUGGCCGAGCUGUACGGCGUGUUCAAAACGUCAGCCGAGACGGUACUAGACGAGGAAAAACCGCGUCUAGCUUCGAUUCUGGGCACGUUUUCGUCUACAGGUGCAUCAUAUACGUUUUCUCUUUCGUUAUUGAUUGUGAUAUUGGUCAGCGUUUGGAUAAGAUAACCAUAUAAAAGUCCAACACCCAAAUACCAAAUAAACGGCCGCAUUAGUGAUUUCGUUGAUUUUCGUUUUAUGUAAAUUUGUAAUAUUUUAAGACGCGUUAUUUUGGAAUCAAAAAACUAUCUUCGUAUAAAUAUUUAUGUAUUAUGUUGUAUAUAUAGAAUGAUUCUAGAAAAAAAAUAUAUUCAUAGAAUAUUAUA